GCCAUGCUGGGACCAUCUCCUCCAUCAAACAGCUUCUACAAUAUUUCCUAUACAGACUCAAGAUGAGUAUGGAUCAUGACAGAGUUUUGACAACAAAACUUGACCAGCUGGAAUGUCACUUCACCUGGGCUCUGAAAAAGGAUGACAUUGAUCUUAAUAGGCUGGAUGAAAAGCUCAAAUUGGAUGUUGAGAAAAAAGAAGAACUCACACAAACUUACAAUGCUUUAGCAUAUGUAAAGUUCCUUCAGGGGUUUCAAGAAGAGGCACUUAGCAAUAUCAUGACAUCUUUGAAGCUUUACAAAGAGUGCCAUGAAGAGGAAUUCAACAAAUCUCUCAUUGUCACCUAUGGAAACCUUGCCUGGAUAAACUACCACAUGAAGAACUAUACAGACUGUGAAAGUUACCUGCAGAAAGUCCAGAAGAUAAAUGAAAACAUUUCAUCUGAGUCUUCAUCUGUUCCAGAGGUGCUUGGUGAGAAGGGAUGGACCUUUCGUAUAUUUUCUUACAAGUAUUAUGAAAAAUCCAAAGAAUGUUUCAAGAAGGCUUUAGAUCUGGAACCAGAAGUUGGUAAGUGGAAUGCCGGUUAUGCCAUCGCUCUGUAUCGAACAGAAUAUGGAAUAUUCACGAUUGAGAAUUCACCUGCAAUCAAGCAACUGAGACGAGCAAUUGAAACAAAUCCUGAUGAUGAUGUUCUUAAGAUCUUCUUAGCUUUGCGACUGGUUAUAUACAAGAGUUAUGAAGAGGCUGAAAGAUUGGUGGAAGAGGCUUUAGAAAGAUCUCCAGAUCACCCACGUAUCUUGACAUAUGCUGGAAAAUUCUUUGGUAAUAAAGGAUGUGUGGACCGAGGUAUUGCUCUAUUGAGAAAAGCACUCGAACUGUCACCUAAUUUAGGUUUCACACAUCAUCAGUUAGCUCUCUGCUAUAAAAUGAAGAAAAUCCAACUGCUGCAGGAGGGAAAUCAUCACACCAGAUCAUCUAGGGUUCAACAGAUUCGUGAUCAGAUCAUCUACCAUUUAGAAAUGGCUACCACCCAUGCAACCGGCUUUAUCACUGCUAUGAGUGAUCUAGCACUGCAUUACGGAGAACAACAUGACGUUUCACGAGCCGAAGAGAUGUUUCAGAUGACGUUUGAGACAGCCAAAGAGAAAAAAGAUAAUCUACAUGUGGUUAAUUUUCAUUACGCUGAAUUCCAGUUGUACUGCAAAAGAGAUGAAGUUUUAGCUAUCAAGCACUACAUGGAAUGCCUGAAGAUGAACCCAGGUUCAUAUGAAGGGAAGAGAAGUGAAUACAAGUUAAAAAGGAUUGCAGAGAAGCGCAUAAAUAAAAACACACAGGAUGAGGAGGCCUAUGGGAUACUAGGGUUCAUUCACAAAGAGAAAGGAGAGAAGAGCCAAGCCAUUGAGUGCUAUGAGAAAGCUUUGAGUUAUGGAGAAAAUGACGAGUACCUCACUAAUCUUUGUGCUCUCAGGCUGUCCAAUAUAGUAAAGUUAUGACAUUCAUUAUGUUUACAUAAUCAUUGCCUAAUAACAUAUCAUCAUUUAAAGCACUUUAGUUAUGAAAAAUGUGAACAGACAUCAUUAGUAUUUACUACAGAAAUUGUAUUGUUAUGGUGUAUUGUUAUUGUUAUGUCUCAGUUCUAUCAUGUCUUCAAGUUUUCUUCUGUAUGUCAGAAGUUAAAAUGUGCCUUUCAAAGUAUUUAAACACCAUAAAUUGUAUUUAAAAGGCACUUGAUAAAGAUAUUCAGAACAUUGAAACAGUUUAUAACAGAAAUAAAAAAAACAUGGACAGUAUAUAUUUAGUGUACUUUCUAUUCAUUGUAAUCAAAAUAUUUAUCACUUAUGACUGACAAAUACAUCAAUGGAUAAAAAAGAUAAGUGAAGUCUGGGGAUGAUAAUUAGGGUGAUUUCAGUUUAGUCCACUAAAGGGCAGUUUGGAAAGCACAGACAGUUUUAGAAGACAAAACUGAUUGCUGCAAUGAGCCGGUCCAGAUAACUCUAGCCAUGUACGUUAACGUCACGGUUACGACUGUAAUCUCCGUUCCCUGAUGGAGGGAAUGAGACGUUGUGUUGAGAGACAGAGGUUUGAUCUUGAGAACCUAUCAUCUCCGAGAGGAAUUUUAAAACGGCAAUGGGCUUAACGACAUGCCAGUCCCCGCCCCGUGCAUAUGGGUAUAAAAGGGAAAUGGCGGCGGUCAUUCACUCAUCCUUUGUUCUUUGGAACCUGCAUGACACAUAUGUCAAGCGCUGAGAUCCUAAGACUCUUCCAGACUGCUGGACUCACAACGCAUAGCGGACUUCUCCCUCCCAUGUGUUUUGUAUUAAUGUGACCAAAUGAUUUUGUCUCAUGUCCUUUUUAAAGGGACACCCAAAAAUAAAAAUUAUGUCAUCAUUUACUCACCCUCAAGUUGUUCCAAAUCUGAUUGAGAAGAAGAAUGUUGUUAACUGGCCCCCAUUCACUUGCAUUGGUUUUGUGUCCAUACAAUAGAAGUGAAAGGGGGCCAGUGCGGUUUGGUUACCAACUUUCUUCAAAAUAUAUAUUUUUUGUGUUCUGCGGAAAAAAGAAAGUGAUAAAGGUUUGAAAUGACAAGACGGUAAAGUAAAUGAUGACAGAAUUUUAAUUGUUAGGUGAACUGUUUCUUUAAAAAGUGUCUAUACUGUAAUUAAUCUAUAGGUCUAAUCUCUUUUCUUAUUAGAUCGCCCAUAUUACAAUUUUACAUCCCAGUGCGACCAGGUUCACCUUUGGCCUGUGGCACCACACAAACCCACAUCAUAUUCCAUUUUCAUUUGUCUCUUACUAGAAUCAUUUAUUCCAGGUUCCCAAUUCUAAAAAUAACCUCAACCGCUACUGUGGAAUUAAUAGUGACUGUCACUUCCUGAUGCAUGCUUAAGUGUAACGUGUCUAUGUUUCUCACUGACACACAACACCCCGCACCAUUAAACAAUGUUUUUAACUGUAUUUGCACAUUUUUAGGUUCCUUUCUUAAAACAGAAUUACGAGUCUUGACACUACCAGCAUUACAACCAGUAAAUCAUAACCUAAAAUAUGUUGAAGUGGUCCCAAGACAUUGCCACACAGCCUUAAGGAUCAAGCCUCCAAGGAAUUUUAUCUGAGGUGUAAUAUCAAUACUACUUUACAAAAGGACUCCGCAUGAACAUGUUCAUGACGUCCCGCUGAAGGUUAAAUUUCAAUAAAC